UGGAUUUGGGAGAGAAGUCGGCUCAGUUCCUCGACGGGCGCGACUCCGAAAUGGUCUUCUUUCGCGGAGUGCAACAAGACAAGACACGGAUACAAAGAAGUCUUUAACAUCAUCGACAAUAAGAUCGUUUCUCAGUUGUUGUGCGCGGUUACGGUUACAGUUACGCGACUUCGAUUGUUGUUUUUUUUUUAACCAAAAGACGAAACGGAAAGCAGCCACCUACGAUCCCUUCAAUUUCUAUAUAUAACAAGUGCAGCAUCGAAAACAAAACAAAAAACAAAAACAAACAAAAACGCAUCUUAGAUGGUGAAUUGUCAGAAUAAUGAGAAUAAGAUGGCGGUGAACAACGAGAGGAAAAUCCGUGACGUGCGGGACUUGUGGAGCGGCGGAGUCUGCCAGAAGGAGGAGAACAAAGAGAAUCCGCGUCUGCAGUGCGGUGGAGACAACAACGGAGGCGUCGUGGACAGCAGAUCGAAGCACAAGUACAAGACUUUGGAAAGACAUCUGAGCAUGAAGAAGACGAUCAGGAAGAAGAUGAUGCGAGACCUGAGGGAGAUAGGCGACGCGGCGGACGUCCAGGACGCUCCCAAUCAGACGACGGUCGGUUUCCUGGAGCAGAUCAGAACGGAUCAGCAGCCGUCGCCGAACAUCGACAAACCGAGUCUCUGGAAGCGCUUGACCAAAGGCUGGGGUCAUUCCUAACAAUCGCUUGGUUCCCACAGCAACCAUCAUCAUCAACAACAACAUCACUAUGCCAACAACAAUAAUAACAACAACGACGACGUUGUUGCUAAGAUACGAAAGUCAAAUCGUUGGACGAUCGAUGGGGAUCAUCGAGGCAGUUUGCGAGCAUGAACUUUCACGGAUUUCCACUCUCUUUGCAGAUUUCUAAUGCAAUUCGACAGUUUUUUCAUUCAUCUUCCUCUCAAUUCAAACUACUUAGAAUUAUAUAGAGAAAGAUAUUAAA